CAAAUAUUCGUGUCUAGAGAUUCGAGAUUCGAACAGGAUGCAGAUGCUGGAAGAUAAGUAGAUUCUACGCCAUCUAUCUGUCUUCGCUGUGCUUAAUGUAGUAAAGUUAAUUAAUAUAUGAGCACCUUGGGCGAGGGUUAGGUCAUAUUAAUAAUCUUGCUGGAAGAGGGGCAAAGUGGGGAGGAGAGAACGAGCAUAGACGUUUCUGAGCCUUUAAAGAGGGGCGCGUAUCCCGCUAUAACCCACCAACCAAUAUAACAUCCCUGUUGACAUUUGUUGUUGCAGAAAUCCUUCGGCUCCUCUCCUCUCUUCCCCGGGUUAUUUCCGUGCUAUCACAAAAAAGUUCAUAAUGGCUUCCAACGCUCCCGGAGCUUGCUGUGCCUCUGGCUUCAAGCAUGAAGGCACUCCCGUCGGCGAGACCAAGAACAUUGGAGGCGUCGACACCUACGUCGUUUACCCCAAGGACAACAAGAACCCCGAGAAGGCCGUCGUUAUCCUGAGCGACAUCUUCGGUAUCUAUGUCAACGCCCAGCUCCUCGCCGACGAGUUCGCCGCCAACGGAUACCUGACCGUCAUCCCCGACCUCUUCCACGGCGAUCCCAUCAAGCUCAGCGACAUGGAGUCCGGAAAGGCCGACCUUCCCUCUUGGAUCCCUAACCACCAGCCUCCCGUUGUCGACCCUAUUGUCGAGUCCACCCUCAAGUACGUCCGCCAGGACUUGGGCGCUAAGAAGGUCGCAUCUGUCGGAUACUGCUUCGGUGGCAAGUACGUUUGCCGCUUCGCGAAGCCCGGCAAGUUCGAUGUCGGUUACACUGCCCACCCCUCGUUCGUCACCGAGGAGGAACUUGGCAGCAUUACCACUCCUCUGUCCAUCGCUGCUUCCGAAAUCGACCAGAUCUUCACCACCGAGCUCCGUCACAAGUCCGAGGGUAUCCUGAUCAAGACUGGCCAGCCCUGGCAGAUCAACCUCUUCAGCGGUGUCACCCACGGAUUCGCCGUCCGCGCCGACCUGAGCAACAAGCACUUCAAGUUCGCCAAGGAGCAGGCUUUCUGCCAGGCCGUGACGUGGUUCAACCAGUACCUUUAAAUAAUAUUCUAUAGUAGUAUUAUGAGCAUUGGAUAGUUAAUGAAAUGAAAUGGAAUGAAGACGAGGCAC